UGGCGCAAGCUUUCAUUCACAACUUUCGUAAACCAAAACCUCUCUCGUCUUUUCUCUGAAAACCGCCGAUCAAAUAAUCACGUACAGUAUGCUCUCUCUAAUGACUUCAACCACCCAUCGGAUUCAAUCCCUCAAGCUUCUACUCCUCUCCUCCGCCGUUCUAUCCAUGGCCAUGAUUCUGAAGUUCUACGUUCCGGUAGUUGCCGGUAUCCUGCUCUCCGACGUUCCCGACGUUUGGAGCUCCAUCGUUUUGUAGUUAAAGCCUCCUUACCUUUACUUGCUCCUUAACUUCAUUAUCAUCAGUAUCCUCGCCUCCUCCAAGCUUCAUAACGACCUGGCCGUGGAUCCUCCGCUUACGACGGUGCCGAAGCUUUCCGCUGAUUCACAAUCAGAUUCCACAGUUCGUAGAGCCGUCGUCAGCGAUGUUCGCAACGAAGAUUUCGCGGCGGAUGUUUUGGAAGAUGAAGAGAAAUCGGAGUACUCUAGGAUUUCAGACGGAGAAAUUGACGAAAACAGCGAGACAGAUCGGAGUCGAUUGCUAAAAGAGGAUUGGAUGGAGAAUUUGUUGAAGAAGAAGUACGAUAAGAAACCGCCGAUUUCUUCAAAGGUCGGUAAUCGAAAAGCUGCAAAAGCUGCUACUACUCCUCCAGGGACGAUGUGGAGAUGGUCCACGGUGAACGGACAGGACACGUUGGACGACGCGUGGAAGGCGAUAACGGAGGGCGGGCAUACGGCGCCGUUCUCGAGACGAUUAGAUAAAUCCGAAGAAGAAACCGCGGGUAGUAGCCCUCCGAAAGUGACGAAAUGGGAAAGAGUGAGAAGAAAGGCGUCGCUGACGGAGGAGGAAUUAAACCGGCGAGUGGAGGCGUUUAUAGAGAAGUUCAAGGAAGAAAUGAGGCUGCAGAGGGAGGAAUCAGUGAAGAAAUUUGAGAUGGUAUAUUGAAAUUUGAUGCUGGUUUUUCCAACUGUAAUGGAUUACUUUGGAUUUGUGUUUAAUGAAUUUUAGAUUUUCAGUUUUUGGGGUUUGAUUUUGGUUGGUUGGAGCUGCUGAAUAAUAGUGGAGAUAACAAGUUAUGGCGGUGACAAUGUUGGUAGUGGAGAGUGGAGAUCGGUGACCUUCAUUCGCCAAGCUUUGUUUAGGGAAUAAACAUUUGGGCGACACUUAUGUGUGUACAUCUACAUCUCAUUUAACCUGAAU